AUUUUCUCUUGAGGAAAUGAUGGAUGAGGGAUCAGUAGGGGAUGUGAGUAGGAUUGAUGAAGCUGAUGUUGCUCAUCUUCAAUUCAAGAAUAGUGAGCAGUCGUUUAAACCGGAGAAUUGUGAAGUCCGGGAAGUAAAAGAAGUGCAGGUUCAGAUAGAAGCCGGUUCUCCUGAUUGUUCGUAUGGUGUAAUAGCAGAGUUUUUAGAUGGUAAGAAUGGUGAUCCUGUGGACCAAAUAGGAAAUGAACCAUGUUCUAACCGGGAGAAUGCGGGCGAUGUUGUCGAAGAGUUGACUGUUAAAACUUGUGAGGGGUCGAGCAUGGCUAUAGUUGGUAGACCAAGUAGUAGAGCUAGGUUAGAGAUGAAUCGCAGUCAGUUUCUGCAUUGUUUUCCGCUAGAUGGUGAUUUACCUGGUAGUAGUUCUAUGAGUAAGAAGGAAAUUGACAGGGGAACAAAAAGUAUCUUGAGAAAUGCAGGCAAAAUGUCUUUGCCUGAGACUUCAACUGGACAACUGGCUAUUGUUACUGUUAAUGGAGAAGCUAAUGAGCUUUUGAAAAAUGUUGAACGAAAUCCUGUACCUGUAGAGGCAUUGUCCCAUGAAGGCAUUAAGACAAAGAUGUUAUCACAGUCUGGGUUUUCUCAGUUUUUUGUUAGAAAAACAUUAAAAGGCAAGGGAGUCACAUUCAGAGGCCCGCCACACAAUAUAUCUAAAGCUAGCAAUAUGGAUCAGCAAACUGUAGCUAGUUCUGGUAGCGCUUUGGUAAUAGCUAAUACUUCAGCAAAGAUUUCUAGCAGCAUCCCUUUGGCGGCUUAUGAUGGUUUGCCUUGCUUGCCUUCCAACGCCAGUAAACCAUCUUCUUGUGCGAACCCUUCAGAUAUACAUAGAGGUUGUGGAGGUGAAGGUUUAAGUCUGAGAGAAUGGUUGAAGUCGGAGCGGCAGGAAGUUAUUAAAGCAGAAUGUAUGUAUAUCUUUAGGCAGAUCGUGGAUCAUGUUGAUUGUUCUCAUUCUCAAGGAGUUGUUUUAUGUGACCUACGACCAUCUUCAUUCAAAAUUUUCAAGGAAAAUGCAGUCAAGUAUGUGGGUUCAGGUUCUCAACGAGAGUCUUUUGACAGCAACAUGAACAAAGAGACUUUUAGUCAACUCGAAAACCCUCUGGUUAGAAGGCGGUUAGGAGAUACUUCUAGUCCCUCUAUCCCUGCAAAGAAGCAGAAAUCAAGUGGACCAAGCUCUAGACAGUGGCCUAUGUUUCAACGAGCUGGUGGCGUCAAUAUCCAAACUGAAAAUGGUGAUGGCGCAAUACAGGAGUUUCAUUUCAGAUCUAGUCAACCUCAUUGUAGUACAGCUGCCCGUCCUUUUACUUCAGUGAGUGAGCAGUUAGAAGAGAAAUGGUAUGCGAGCCCUGAGGAGCUGAGGGGUGACAUGCGUUCAGCCUCUUCAAACAUCUAUAGUUUGGGUAUUCUUCUUUAUGAGUUGCUUAGUCAAUUUCAGUGUGAAAGAGCUCGCGAGGCUGCAAUGUCUGAUAUUCGACACCGAAUUCUUCCUCCCAAAUUUCUGUCGGAGAAUCCAAAGGAAGCUGGGUUUUGUCUAUGGUUACUUCAUCCAGAAUCUUCAUGCCGACCAUCAACCAGGGACAUCUUACAGUCUGAAGUAGUUAAUGGAAUCCCGGAUUUGUAUGCUGAAGGCUUAUCUUUAUCCAUUGAGCAAGAGGACACAGAGUCUGAAGUGUUGCAGCAUUUCCUUAUCUUGUCCCAAGAGAAAAGGCAGAAGCAUGCUGGAAAGUUGAUGGAAGAAAUUGCGUCCGUGGAAGCAGAUAUCGAAGAAAUUGUCAAGAGACGUUGUGCCGUAGGGCCUCUAUCUCUGGAAGAAGCUUCUAGCUCAUCUCCUGCUUCUAGUGUACCUGAAAUGAGACUGAUCAGGAACAUUAAUCAGCUUGAAAGCACUUAUUUCGCAGCAAGGAUAGAUGCCCAUCUCCCUGAAGCACGUUAUAGGUUACGCCCGGAUAGAGAUCUGCUAAGAAAUCGUGAUAAUACUGUAGCAGAAGUAGAAAACAGUGAGACUUGGAGCUCAGAUGAUCGUGUUGGAGCGUUCUUUGAUGGGUUAUGCAAAUAUGCUCGAUAUAGUAAGUUUGAAACUCGGGGUGUGCUGAGGACCAGUGAGUUGAACAGCACUUCAAAUGUGAUUUGUUCUCUGGGUUUCGAUCGGGACGAGGAUUAUUUUGCCACCGCUGGUGUGUCAAAGAAAAUUAAGAUAUAUGAGUUCAAUUCCCUUUUCAACGAAUCUGUUGACAUUCACUAUCCAGCCGUAGAGAUGCCAAAUAGAUCAAAGCUUAGUGGCGUUUGCUGGAACAACUACAUUAGGAACUACCUAGCUUCCUCUGAUUAUGAUGGUAUUGUCAAGUUAUGGGAUGUGACAACAGGACAGGCCAUUUCACAUUUCAUAGAGCACGAGAAGAGGGCUUGGUCUGUUGACUUCUCUGAAGCUUGUCCGACAAAAUUAGCCAGUGGAAGCGAUGAUUGUUCUGUGAAGCUAUGGAACAUCAAUGAGAGGAAUUGCUUAGGAACAAUCAGGAACAUUGCAAACGUUUGUUGUGUGCAAUUUUCUCCACAGUCCUCUCAUUUGCUAGCCUUUGGAUCAUCAGAUUUCAGAACCUACUGCUACGAUCUACGGAAUUUAAGAACUCCUUGGUGCAUACUGUCAGGACACAACAAAGCAGUUAGCUACGCGAAAUUCUUGGAUAAUGAAACCCUUGUCACAGCAUCAACUGAUAACACGUUAAAGCUUUGGGAUCUUAAGAAAACCACUCACGGUGGCCUCUCCACAAAUGCUUGCAGCUUAACUUUUGGCGGCCAUACAAAUGAGAAGAACUUUGUUGGGUUGUCUACUUCUGAUGGAUAUAUAGCAUGUGGCUCUGAGACAAAUGAGGUUUAUGCCUAUCAUCGGUCUCUUCCUAUGCCUAUUACCUCGUACAAGUUUGGUUCUAUUGAUCCUAUAUCAGGUAAGGAGAUAGAGGAGGACAACAACCUAUUUGUUUCAAGCGUUUGCUGGAGAAAAAGAUCGAAUAUGGUUGUUUCAGCUAGCUCAAAUGGGUCUAUCAAAGUUCUACAGUUGGUUCGGUUUGAUCAGCGUUUAGGGUUUAUACCGCUGAUGGGUAUACAUAGUAAGGUAAAAGACCUUCCUUCUCUUGGUGGUGUUCUAAGAGCAGUGAGAAGACCAAUUGGAGUCUUUUAUUAUAGUGUUAGUGGUAGAUUUAGUUCUGGAAAUGAGUUUUCUACUGUUGCAAGCAAAUUGGAAAUUUUGUCUCAGUACAAAAGCUCUGUUUCGUCUGGUUACACAAGCCCUGUUCGUGGUUUUGGGAGUUUCUUACGGAGUUUUAGUUCGGAGGCUCCUCCUGUAUCUGACCAGAUGAGUCUUAUUAAGCAACUUAGGGAAAGAACUAGUGCUCCUAUUAAAGAUGUUAAGGCUUCUUUAGUUGAAUGUAAUUGGGACCUUGAGGCUGCUCAGAAGGAUUUGAGAAAGAGAGGGAAAGUUUUGGCUUCGAAAAAGUCGUCACGGACUGCUGCAGAGGGAAUGCUUGCUGUUGCUCAAAAUGAGGGGAAAGUUGCUGUUAUUGAACUUAAUUGUGAGACAGACUUUGUUGCUAGGAAUGAGAUUUUCCAGUACUUGGCUUUAGCUAUGGCAAAACAUGCUUUGCUUGUUGAAAAUAGUUCUCAACAAGUUUCUGGUGUCUUACCCUUUGGGCCUGAGCUUUUUGAGGAGUUUAAGCUCAAUCUAGAUCAUCCAAAAGUGAAUGGUGAAACAACGGUUUCAAACGCUGUUACAGAAGUAGCUGCGAUAAUGGGAGAGAAUGUAAAAUUUAGGAGAGGUUUUUUGAUGUCAAAAUCUUCAGCAGGCGUCCUUUCUGCAUAUCUCCACACAAGUCCUCAACCAGGGUUGGGUCGUAUAGCUGGGAUUGUAUCUCUGGAAGUAGAAGGUGAAAAUACUCAACUAGAGGCCAUUCAGCGUGUAGGCUCAGAACUGGCUAUGCAGGUUGUAGCAGCAAAGCCUCUUUUUCUAAGCAAAGACCUUGUUUCUUCAGAAGCAAUAGCAAAUGAACGCGAGAUUCUAAAGUCUCAGGCAGAAAGUACAGGCAAGAAUCAGAUGGCAAUAGAGAAGAUUGUGGAAGGGCGUCUCCGUAAGUAUUUUGAAGAAGUUGCUCUGAUGGAGCAAAAGUUUAUCCUGAACGAUGCUAUAAACAUUAAGACACUGUUGGAUAAUUUGUCCAAGGAGGUGGGUUCUCCAGUGAAGGUUACCAAUUUUCUGAGAGUCGAGGUUGGGGAAGGAAUCGAAAGGCUUGAAGCAUCUAAUGAAUCUGUUGCUCAAACUGCUUGAAGAUAAUGAACCAAGGCCAUGGUGUUAGAUUUACAGACCUCUUUCUUUCUUUGGUUCCUUAGAGUUCAUGGCUUCAAUGCCCGUCUUGAGAUUAUAGAAUCGUUUUCCCAUAAUUUUGUUUGUCACACAAUAUGGCAAUAAGAAGAUCAAUCUUGUGAUUGUGCCUUAGAGUUCAUGGCUUCAAACACCAUGUUUGUGUUCUCCUACUAAGAUCAUUAUACAAAAACCUUCACUUCUGUGUUUGAUUUUUAGGUACUCAAGUAUUUGAACAAGCAGAUAGUGAGUUCUUGGCUCCUGAUGUUUUAGCUUCAAUUAUAUGAACAAAACUUAUCUUAUCAC